GGCUGCGGGCGAGGGGCGGGGCGGGGCGAAGAGCACCCGCGGCUGCCAUGGCCGCCUCCCCCUCCCCGCCACCUCCCUUAAAUACUAUGGGGCGGCCGUAGCUGCGGCGGGAGCCGCUGCCGAGCGCACCAUGCGGGCUGUCAUCGCCUUCGCCACGGCGCUGGGCAGCACGCUGCUCGGCGGCUGCCUCCUGCGACUGGGCGGCGAGCGGCCCCUCCGAGCCAGGGGCUGGGAGGAGGAGGCAGAGGUAGCGACCGUCACUCCGAAAGUGGUGCGAGCCCUCAGGUCUCCUCUAACGUCCCUUCCUCACGCCGAGAACAGAACAACUGCUAAUAAAGAUGGAAUUUACCAGUUUGAACUGGAUGCAAAAUGUAAGGCAAUUCAGGACAACAUUUUGUCAUCGUCGAUCAAGAAGAAAAGGUAUCCAGAAGAUUAUUAUCUUCACAUAGUCAAAAAACUGAAGAACUGCACCUGGAUGAGGAGACCAGAAGAAUCAGCAGAUUUCAGGUCAGAGUUAGCCUCCUGCUGUAAUGCAGUUCACAAUUUUAUUGCUUCUCAAAACAACACCCCACUGGGAAGUAACAUGAGUUAUGAAGUGGACAGUAAAAAGACCAUCCUCAUUACAGAAGACAUUUUUAGAAUGCUGCCUGUGUCCUCUCCUCUUUCAGUUUAUCCCUUCAAGAACUGUGCUGUGGUUGGAAAUGGAGGCAUUCUGAAAAAUUCCAGCUGUGGAGCUGAAAUCGAUCGUUCUGAUUUUGUGUUUAGGUGUAACCUCCCUCCAACAAUGGGAAGCAUUAGCAAAGAUGUUGGCAAUAAAACAAAUCUGGUGACGGUUAAUCCAAGUAUCAUAGCUCAGAAAUACAACAAACUAAAUGAAAAGAAGGCAGAAUUUGUGGAGAAUGUUGCAGUCUAUGGAGAUGCUUUCCUUUUAUUGCCAGCAUUUUCCUUCAGAAGCAACACAGCUACUUCUUUUAAAGUCUAUCAUACUCUGCAAGAGUUCAAAGCAACCCAAAGGGCAAUAUUUUUUCACCCCACCUAUCUGAAAAGUCUUGCCCAGUUCUGGAGAACUAAGGGUGUGAAAGCCUACCGGUUGUCAUCUGGUUUUAUGAUCACUAGUGCUGCUGUUGAGCUGUGUGAGAAUGUGAAGCUUUACGGCUUCUGGCCUUUCUCAAAAUCCACAGAGAAGAUGCCAAUCAGCCACCACUAUUACGACAACCAGCUGCCCAAACCAGGUUUCCAUGCAAUGCCCAAAGAAUACAACCAGAUCCUUCAGCUUCAUGGUAAAGGCAUUUUGAAGCUGCAGUUCGGUAAAUGUGAAUCAGACUAAGAAGGUAGGUCACAUUCCUAUGACAUAAAAUGUCUGUAUUUAAGUCAUGUGUCAAAGCAAAACUGGUUUUGCAAACAGUUUUGUACUCUUCCUUAAGGAGACAUUUCUACCUUGCAGUCAAUAAAUGUUGUGUUCAUAUACAAGAGAAAUAUUGGAUAAUAUAUAUAAUGUACUGCAGAGCUGAGAAAUGCUUUCUACAUGUGAAUUUAAGAUGGGAAGAUAGCUAAACACGCAUUAUCACUGCAAUUUGCAGUCAGUCAGUAGUGUCUUCUCAUCUCAGGUAAACGUUUCCACCAGCCUUUGUUUGGUUUGAACCAACCUCCUUUGUGAAUCACUUUAUUUAAGGCAGUCAUGCUCUGUAAUCUACAAGAGAUGACAGCUAAUCCUGACAUAGUAUUUCCAGGUGUAUACAGAGGCUAAAGUAAGGAUUAAGUUGACCCCGUGUAGGACUAGCAUGUAUGCACUCUUAUUCUCUCUCACUAGGGAAAAAUAUGUUUAGAGCAGUAUGCUGUCUCAGCCCUCGGCUGGAGAGCAGCUUGUGGACAGCAGUGAAGAAGUUGCCAUACACUACAGCAGAUCUUGCUGAGCAUUUUACCUUGAGGCAGCCCAGAAUCUGGAAGUUACAAAUACAGGAUGAAGUGUCAUACCCUCUCUGUUCUUUCAAACUGUUCCAUCCCCCUUGGUCCUCUGCCUUCUGUGCACUGCCUUAAAGAAAUGCAGUAAACAGUCUGGCCCCUGACCUUGAACCAUUUUACCACAUACAGACUACAGAUGACUUUAAAGAUACUUGUCUGCAUGUUUUCAAUCUUGAUUUUCCCUAUUUGUAUAGAUACUUAGAACAAAACCAUAAAAUGGCUCAAGGGAAGGGACCCACAGGGAUCACUGAAUCCAAUUCCUGGCUCCACGCAGGACUACCAAAAAUGCAAACCCAACGAGCAUUGUCCAAAAGCUUCUUGAACUCAGCAGGCCUGGGGCCAUGACCACUGCCCUGGGUAGCUUGUUUCUGUACAAGCUGUGCCUGUACUUCCUCAUUUUCUAAUUUUCAUAAGCUAAUUCAGAAAUUCCCCAGCUCAAAAUAUGUCAUCAGAUUUGCCUUUCAACUCUGUUUUCCCAGAGGGUUCACGUUAAUAUAAUAGUAAGUGAACUGUAAAGUAGAAUCACCACAUGCAGUGGACUUUAAUUGGACUGAUGUAAUCUUACGACUGUAUUUUAAUUUAAAUAAGUUAAAAUAACAUCAGCUUGCUCAAGCCAGAAAGUUUGAAAGCUAAAGGCUUUUUUUUAUGGCUUAGUUAUGAAAUAUAUUUGAAAGUACCUUUUGAUGCUAUUUAGAAGACACGCUGUCAAAGAUACAUUCGCAGUUGGUUUGUGGGCAGGGACUGUUAAGUUUUAAACUCGCUGAUUGCUAAAACCAGAAAGGCAAAACCUUUUAUGGUAUAAGUUUCUUUGAAGAAAUAGAAAAAUAAACUGCUUUCAUGUAUUGUUAGCAUAAAAUAAAAUAGUUUCUAAGUCCCUUCUAGCCUAUCUGGUGAUUCCGUUCCUGUCUGUAGUCCGUGGUAGGAGAUUAUUUAAAAGGAGGUGUGUGUGUAUGUGAUUUCUUGUGGCUAAGGUGAGUUUUUUUGCUUGUAAAAGGUUGCAACAUAUUGGAAAGGUUAAGAAAUACAUAAUGUAUUUUGCUUAGUGGCCAGGCUGUUUAUAUCCUGCAGUUUCCAUUGUAUCUAUUCUUUCUGCAAUAUAAAUCACCGGAGACAUUCCAUGUAAUUUUAAUUGUAGUAACUACACUAAACAGGAAAAUGAAAGGCAGCUCCUUAUGAAUUUUUCAUCCAGAGAAGCAGAAAGAAGCCACAAAAAUGUUUAAGCAUCUGUAUGUGUUAAUUAAAUGCUGUCCAUGCUAUGCAGACUGAAAAUGACUUUUGUGGUCAAAUUUACGAAAUGAGCUGUAAAGGAAAAAGCAACCAGAAGGAUAAGUUGUGCUGCCUCAAGAUUUUUGUCUACUGUUAAUCACUUCUAUUUACAGAGAGAAAAGUUAGUCCUUUAAUAAAAAGAAAUUAAAUGUGUUCAGUGUGAGCUAUCGUUCUGCUGCUAUUAUCAAAUAUAAGAGAUAAUUGAAAUCCUAUAAUGAGUAUAUUUUGCUGAAGAUGAUUUUUUCAAAAAAUUGAACAAUCUCAUUUCUCUUUUCAAUGUCUCUUUAAUGUUAUUCUUGUUCCCACUCUUCCCUGUUAGCGGGAUAGCUGAAGCUUCUUUAUAUCACUGGGCAUCCACAAAAGUCUCAGGCUGAAUUUCCCUCACAGGUUACUGUAACACAAGUCUGCUGCUAUAAAUAAGAAGUGAAUGACUAAGUAGUGCUGUGCUGGAAGCACCUGUGUUGCAAGCAGGUAGCAGAGGCUGGAACACCACAGGGAGAGCAUACCUGCAUUUCAAUGAAUAUUUUCUGCAGUAUUGUUUGCCAUUCUUGCCAUUGCAGAGGUGUACUUUGCUUGUUGGAUAGAAGGGACUGUCAGGUGUGAGAGUCCUUUAAAACUGGUUUGGAACAAUGUGGGUAACUCCAUCAACCUUGAUAUCCACUCCUGCACUGUUAAGAUUGUGCUCAGCAGAAAUGUGUCUUUGCUAAAGUAGAUGCAUGCCUAUCACAGAUUGUAAGAUGGGAAAUGGGACAUUAGCAAAAUCUCAAAAUGUAAUUAAAAUAAUGAUCUUUAUUAUUUUGUAUUAAAUUACAGAAUCAUUUUGCUAUGGCCCUGCAGCUGAAGGAAGAAGUCUUGUUUGUUCAUUGCUUUAACCUGAUAAGGCUGAAAGGCAUGUCGUUAGCUUCAAGUAAACAUGGGCUCAGGGAGGGGAAAUGGCCUGAAUCCUGUUUAAAAAUAGAGAGAAAAAUCUGAUUAGAAAAAAUGUCAGACGAUAAAUUAAUCAGACUGGCAAAAAUGUGAUGGCUCAGAAGCUGGUUAAAAUGCAAACGAUAUCUGACCGAGAAACCAUGGGGUUUUCUGCUUGCUGGAAAGAGACAGUGGGGAAGAUGAGUAUGUGUUGCUUUGACAUACAGCACAGCAGCGUUAAGCAGCUGCUAAGAGAAGUCAGUCAAUAGAAAAACAAAAAACAACAUGGUGAAUAAGAAUGGAACUGAGACUCCCCGAGCCCGGGGCAGGGAAUAGCGCUCAAUCGUCUGAGCGGAAAGUGCUGUAGGAGGAGAGGCUGAGCAGGGAAAUGCUGGUGGCUGGAGAGUAAGGGCUGCUGAACCUUCAGCUGAGUGCGAGUGUGUGUUACCUGGAAAGUAACAACUGGGUCUGGGCUUUUAAUUGCAAGCAGAUGAAGAAGAGCCAUCUAUUUGUGACAGAGAGGGAAGCCACGCAGACUGCCAGUGGGGGUGGAGCUAGCUGGGUAACAUCAUGCAAAGCAGGUGACUGCCUGCCUCCUUGCUCAUGAUCCUCGUCUCAUCAAACUUAACUGGGCUGUGCCACCCUGCCAGCAUAUAGUAUUUUCUUAAUAUUAAAAGUUCCUGGAAAUGCAAUCAGUUAUAAAUACCAUUAUAAAGAAUCUAUUUAUAAUUGUUAUAAAGAGCCUGUUUAUAACUGUAGGAUACCAAUAUGAGGUUAAAUUCUAUUGGAAUUCUUUCAUCCUUGCGGUGUCGCAGUGGGAGACAUAUGAGCUACAUCGCAAUUUACUUUUAAUGAGAAAAAUAUCACAUUUUGAAAAUAAAGACACAUCUAGGUCCCUGCCGGGCAGCUAAAUUUCAGCCUCCCUAAAUAUUAUCCAGCAUCAAACUAUCAGAUGUGUGCAGCAUUAGAAGAAAGGUCUUCUGCGUUAGUACCUGUGCCACAUCGCUUUAAAGCACGCACUUUGCUUCUGUGUUCAGCCACUGAGCUAAGUGCAUUAAGAGUAAUGUCAGUAACGAAACAAGUGGGGAUAAGUUGCUUCUGUUUAUUUAAAUCCCACCAGAUUAGAAGAAAAAAAUAGAUUAUAUCAGAUUAGAAUUUGCAUUAGAUGUUAAAUCAAAUGGAAAAAAAAAUCUGUACAGAUUUAGGAGGGUAUUAUUUUGUUUUACAGAAGCAGAACUAGGCUGUUGAACAAACAAAAUAAAUUCAUUCUCUAGCUGUUUCAAAAUAUGAUUAAGAUAAUAUAAUUUAAAAGUUACCCAUGUUCAGAUGAGGAGUGGAUGUGGUUGCGCCUGGCCCUGCUCAGUUUGGAAGGCUGCAGAGGGUGGUGCAGGUGGGGUGCUGCAAAGAAGCACUCCUUUAGGAAAAGCAGAUGUUUGAGCUAGAUUGGGCACUGGCAGCCCAGCAUAGCCAGGAGACUUUUGUGAGCCCGUGUAAUAAAUAUCAGCAACCUCCGGUUUGUAAUAAAGCUGAAAAGCACAUGCAGAAGGUGAAAUACAUGUAAGUUAUUGGCUGGUUUGAAUAUCAAAGGCGGUUUUCCUACUGUACUAAUAAUAUCAGUAACAUGUUUUAUUGUUUUAAUUCCAGGGUGAUCAUCCAAAGGAGACAAUUUGUGUAUAUCUUAGCGCCUCGAUGUUGGAUUUGAUCUGAUGUGAUUUUGUGAGCAUUAAACUGCAUUAUUACAAUAGAUAAAUAUUUGACAUCUGGGGGUAAAAGGAAGGGAUUUUUCACACAUUGACUGCUACAUUUCCAAUUCUUAAGUAUUCAUUUUUUUUAAUACAAAAUAACAUUUUUGUGUAAAUUCUGAAAAUUCUGACUGUGGUUUUAAUUGUAGCAAAGCACAAUCUCAGAAUGGUGGCAAUAUAUAACAUUCAUAAUGUUUUUCUUCUUAAAGUAUCAUUAAAUUAUUUUGAUGUAAGGUCUCUGGUUUAAUCAAUAUCAUGGAACAUGGGCAAUAGUCACUGUAUGGUAGCUGCCCAAGUUGGUAGUGAAUGCUUUGAAUUAAGAACUCAGUCACACACAUAUAGUGUUUUUCUGUCUGAGAAAGGUGAUGACAAGAGCUACAAUGGAGUUGUUAAUUCAGAGCUAAGUCAGUCUUAGUUUGUCCCAGGGUGCACAAAUGAAAAAAAAAAUCCCUCAGGUUAGAGAUAGUCAAGUAGUUCAUGUGCUUUAAUUUUGUGGCCAGUGAGUAAUGCUGUAAUGGAUGUAAUGGGAUCAGUCCUGUGAAUUAUGUUAGUUUUGUGAAGAAGUGUUUGACAAACCAGAGCUAUAAUUACCAGAGUUAUAAAACCAGAGUAUAAUUAUUUUUAAAACCCUCUUCUUGCUUGUAUUCCUGUCCAAGGUCCAGUUCAGCUCCAAAUGAGGACAGUCAACUAGGUUUCAUCCUGCACUCCCUGGAGUCCUGGUAGGGCAUGACUUUGUACACAUUCCUGCAAUCCCAGAUCCAUAUCUGUGCUGACAUACGUGAGGGUCUAUUCACUAGAAAAAAUAAUCUAUACCAGCCCUAGCAUUUUUUCUGUUUCAUUUUCACCUAGCAUAACACCUUUCCCUAUGUGACAACUGAUAAAGAAACUGCAUUGAGCAUUGUUAGAAGAACGUUUCUUUUAGAGCCAACCCCAAACUUUUCUCCUAUACUGGGGCAUGUGAGAAAAGACUACAGUCACUUAAUUAAAACCCCAUGCAGUUCUUGUGCUUAAAGUUUCCAUAUGGUCCAUUGGAGCACAAGUGAAAUAAAGAUUCACAUUAACGUUAAUGGGAGCUAUAGGCACUUGUUCCUCUAGCUGUGGCUGCUAGUAUAUGACUGCUUAUACUUUUU